AUGGAAUCGAGUCGAAGAGCGGUGGAAUCGUACUGGAGAUGGCGCUUGAUCGAUUCAGCAACCACUGACGAAGAGAAUGUCACACCUGUCUACAAACUCGACGAAAUCUGCGAACUUCUACGCUCUUCUCAUCCUACCAUCGUCAAGGAGCUCUCAGAAUUCAUCCUCAAACGCCUCGACAAUAAAAACCCCAUCGUCAAACACAAGGCUUUAAGAUUGAUCAAAUAUGCGGUUGGAAAGUGUGGUGUAGAAUUUAGAAGGGAAAUGCAGAGACAUUCAAUGGCAAUUCGUCAGUUGUUACAGUACAAGGGUCAAUUGGAUCCUCUGAAAGGCGAUGCACUCAACAGGGUUGUGAGAGACAGUGCUCAACAGACCAUCGCUGCAGUUUUUUCUACAGAUGAUAACAACAGCAAGCCACUGCCUUCAGCUUCUGCUGAUCUCAAUAGACGGAUAGAAGGGUUUGGGAACACCAACUUUCAAGCGCCUGCUCAGGAUAAGAAAUCGUUUCUCAGUGAGGUCGUUGAUAUUGGAAGUGCAACCAUCAAGCAAGGACUCAGUGCCUUCACACAAGCGCAUCCUCCGCUUAUCAAGAAUGAAGCUGCGAGUGGAACAUACAAGGGCCCCCACAAAUUUCGUGGCUCAUUCAAUGCCGAAACCGAACGUGGCGAGAGGUAUGAACCUGCUGCAUACGGUUCUGGAAUUACUUCUGGACUUUCAAAGAAUCAAUCUGGUGGCCCUUGGAACCAGGAUGCAAGUCUAAGUAGGAUGGAAAUGUCGAAUAGGAAAACUGAUGCUGGUUAUGCAGAGAGUACGACACAAGAGGAAAGAUUGCUGGAGACAAUUGCAAGUUCUGGAGGCGUGCGCCUACAGCCCACUCGAGAUGCCAUUCAAGUUUUCCUACGAGAGGCUGCAAAGUUGGAUGCCAUGGCUUUAUGUCAUGCCCUUGAACGAAAGCUCCAAUCUCCAAUGUGGCAGGCAUGUGUUCGUGUGAAAGCUGUUUGUGUCCUUGAGUCCAUCCUUAGAAACAAAGAUGAUGAUAAUUGUUCACGUAUGGCGACUUACUUUGCUGAAAACAAUGAUCUGGUUUUAAGAUGUUCGGAAUCCCCCCAAGCCUCUUUAAGGGAAAAGGCAAACAAGGUUCUUGGUCUUUUAGGUGGAGGCCAACUAAACAGUUCCAUUAAUUCAGGGAAGGCUAUGAAGACGGAUAGUGCUGCUGUUGCUGAGUUACCUGACUUGUUAGACACUGGUGAUUUGAAUGACACGCCUCCUCCGGCUCUGGCUGAUGUUUUAUUUGGAAAUUUUAGUUACUCUGGAUUAGUUAGUAACGAACUAAAAAAUGAUGAUGAUGAUGACCCCUUUGCUGAUGUGUCAUUUUAUUCUAAUGACAACAAAGAGCAUAGCGAUGUCUUUUCUAGGAUGACUGUUGGUAAUGAUAAACAGGGUCACCACGUAAGUAAUGACAGUUUUGCCACGAAUUCCAGGCAUAGAAAUAAUGGAGAGUUUGUUGAUCAUUUAUUGUCUGGCUUGUCUGUUGAUGAAAAUACCCCCUCCAGUGCAAAACAGAAAGGAACAUCCCCUGCCAUGCAAUCUGAAUCGUUAUUUUCUGGUUUAAAUAAUCAUGCUAGUCAUGUGGGACCGAACAAUGGUUUUGGUAGCAUGUUGGGCUCUCAACCAGUUGGAUUCAAUGUAAAUUCCAUAUUUCCCUCCGGUCAUCCAUCUUAUAUUACGCAACCUGGCAUUAUGUUGAACCAGCCAUAUUCUUCUCAGCCACUUAAUUAUGGUGCCAUGGGAAAUCUCUUGGCUCAGCAGCAAUUUCUGGCAACAAUGGCUAAUUUCCAACACCUUAAUAAUGUCAACAAGCAUGAUGGUGGUACUGCUCAAAAUGCUGGAAGCAAUGAAAGAACACCUCUUCCGGACAUAUUCCAAUCAAAAUUUUCAACUCAAACUCCUAGCUCUAUGAUCAACAGUUCAAAGAAAGAAGAAACUAAAGCAUUUGAUUUUAUCUCAGACCAUCUUGCUAAAGCAAAUGAUGCAAGGAGAGUGAUUUGA